UGCACGAGUAUACUUAGGUGUCCCACAUGGUAUUGUCCCAAACACAUUCUCCCCUCAAACUAAGGAGAACCCAUCUUCCUCUUCACUACUUCACCAUCUUCUUCUUCUUCUUCCUCAUCCCAACCAAUCAUUACUAAUUAUUAUUUUCAAAACCCACACCCCAAUUCACUCAAUUAUAUACCACUUUCAAUUCCCAACACCAAAGAUGGCUUUUUUAUUCCUUCCCAUCUCCAACAAUUCCCAUGAAUGUUUCACAAUCUCCACAUAAUCAGAUUCCUCGCCCUUUUCGGACUCCUGGGUUUUUCUCUUUUCCUCUUAUCAAUUUCCAUGGCUACCCCAGAACCAAUCCCAUCAGAGCUAAUACAGAAGGAGAUUUAUUCAGUGUGGGCAAUUCCACCUGAUGAGGUGAUCACCAGAGUCAAGAAACUCAUGGAGGGUCUUCGAGCUGAGUUUGAAGGACCCCAAUUUGAACCCCACAUUACAGUUGUUGGAGCCAUAAGUUUGACUCCUGAAGAUGCUGUUAAGAAGCUCAAAACAGCUUGUGAAGGUCUUAAAGCUUAUGAUGUUACCGUUGACCGUGUGGCUAUUGGGACUUUCUUUUAUCAGUGUGUUUAUCUUCUCAUUCAUCCAACCAAUCAGGUAGUGGAAGCUUCAUCACAUUGCUGUGAACAUUUUGGUUACAACAGCUCAACACCAUACAUGCCUCAUUUAAGCAUCCUCUACUCGGACUUAACCGAGGAUGAGAAGAAAAAAGCUCAAGAGAAAGCUAACAUACUUGACGACAGCCUUAGUGGCCUGACCUUCCCUAUAACUCGUCUCGCUUUGUACAAAACAGACACCGAAGACAAAACUCUCAAGUCUUGGGAAAAGAUUGCCGAAUGCAGCCUCGAUCCCAAGUAGAUUAUUCUCUCAUAAUACCCUUUUCUUUAAUGUCAUGGCUUGCAAGUUGUUCGAAGAACUUUAAACUUAACCAUAUGUGCUAUUUUCAGUUAAAAGUUAUGGACAAUUUUGGCAUGUUGUUUGAUGAUUUGAGAUGUUGAAUGAAGUUUUAAUUCUAUUAAUAAAUCGAGCAAUGCUCGAUACAUACUCAAAUUAUAUAUAUUUUGUUACCGAUACUGUAUUAUUAUUAUAUUGGCUUUAAAAUUUUACUUUCACGUA